GGAGCGAGGCAGGCGCCACCGCUUCCCGGAGCCGGCGAUGGAGCAGGCACCACAGCAGCCCCGACGCGUCGCGCGCUAGCAGCACCCCGGCCCUGCCUCGUCUCGGGGGGCCCGGUCGAAGCUCCACCAUGAGGCUCCCCCUGAUCUGGGCAUUGCUGCUUUUCCCAGCUGGUAGCCUUUCCCAGGGCUGCCCAGCCGACUGCCAGUGCAACCAGCCCCAGACCGUCUUCUGCAUCGCCAGGAGCAGCCCUGCCAUUCCGCAGGGGCUGCCGCCAGACACGGCCCACCUGUACAUGUUUGAGAGUGGUCUCCGUAUACUGAGCGAGGACAGCUUUGCAGGGCUGCCUGCUCUCCAGCUCUUGGACCUUUCCCAGAACCUCAUAUCCAGCCUGCCACGCAACGUCUUCCAGCUACUGCCGGGACUCCACAAUCUCGACCUAUCUUCCAACCAGCUGCAGGAGGUCACCAACGAGAGCUUCCAUGGACUGCGCCUGCUGGAGCGGCUCUACCUGGAUCGCAACCAGCUCCAGAGCAUUCACCCAGCCGCCUUUGACUCGCUGGAAAACCUCCUGGAACUGAAGCUCCAGGACAACCAGCUGCAAACGGUGCCACCUCUCAACCUGCCCACCCUCCUGCUGCUGGACAUCAGCCGGAACAAGAUCACAGCCCUCGAGACAGGCACCUUCCAUGUCCGGAGUCUGGAGUCCCUGAAGAUGGCUGGGCUGGGCCUGGGCAGCGUGGAUGAGGAGCUCCUGCAGAGCCUGCACAACCUGCAUGAGCUGGAUGUCUCAGACAACCUGCUCACCAGGGUGCCCGGGGUCCUGAGCCAGCUGCCCGGGCUAACCAGGCUCAGCCUGGCAGGGAACGGCCUGAUCUCACAGCUGCGUGCAGAGGACUUCCAGCAGCUCCAGCAUCUGCAGGAACUGGACAUCAGCAACCUCAACCUCAACGGGCUCCCCUGGGAUUUCUUUGCCUCCUUCCCCAGACUCAGGGCGGUCACCGCAGCGGAGAACCCCUUCAACUGUGUCUGCCACAUGAGCUGGAUCGUCAGCUGGGCCAGGCUCAGCAAAGCCUCACUCCGGAGGCCGGAAGAGACCCGCUGCCACUUCCCCCCCAAAAACGCAGGCCGCUUGCUCCAGCAGCUGGAGUAUGCAGACUUUGGCUGCCCCACCACCACCAGCAGCACCCUACGAGCAACCAGCCCCAAACUCACCAGCCCCCUUCCCAGCAGCAGGCCCCUUCCCCCAGAGGCCGGCACCGGCCAUCCCACCACCAGGCAUGGCGGCCUCAUGACCACAGCCUCGCCCGCCCCGGACGGCCAGCCAAGCCCCGAGGUCCAUCUUUGCCCACCGCACGCCUGCCUUAAUGGGGGCCUGUGCCAGCCAGGCCCCAACCACCACCUGGAGUGCCUCUGCCCCCUGGGCUUCACUGGAUUGUACUGUGAGGUAGACAGGGGGCAGGUGACCACUCCGUCAGAGCCCACCCAGGCCAAGCAAAUAGCUGUCAAGCACGUGGGAAGCACUUCCGUCAAAGUGGGCCUACAGAACUACAUCCGCUCCAAGCCUCAGCUCAAGGGCAUCCGCCUGACCUACUGGAACCUCUCGGGGCCAGACAAGCGGCCCGUCACCCUCAGCCUGCCAGCUGCCUUGCCCGAAUACACGGUGCGGGCCCUGAAGCCCAACUCCUCGUAUCACAUCUGCGUUGGGGCCCUGGGUGACAAGGCCCCACAGGAGCAGCUCUGCGUGGAGGCCCACACGCUGCACCCAACCCACCAGCAGCACGCCCGUGUCAAGCAGGGCAAAGGCCCCGACCUGCCGCUGGUGGUGGCACCUCCUGUGGCAGCUGUGCUGCUCCUGCUGGGGGUGGCGGUCGCCAGCUCCUACUAUGUGCGACAGCGCAGGCAGCAGAGGAAGGCCCAGGCUGCCCCCGGAACCCCUAGCUCUGGUCCGUUGGAGCUGGAGGGGGUAGCAAUGUGUGGGGAGAAGGGGGAUCUGGUGACGCAGAGUCCCAAGACUGUGGCGCCCCUCAGCCUGGAAUAUGAGGUGCCUCUCAUGCACCCCCAUUUCACAGACACUGCUCCCCCUCGGGCCCUGGGCCCUUCCUACUUUUAGGGUCACUGAAGGGCAAAGCAGGGUGUGGGUGGCUUCCUUGGUGCCAGUCUGGACAAUGUCCAGGGAGAGGCCAGAGAGGGGCACAGAAAGAGGUCACCUCCCACAGCAAGGGCACCUUGCUGGCGGCAUCUGAGUUCUCUGCCGAGGGCAGCCCCAAGCCUACAGACCUAUGGGGGUAGCUGUAAAAAAAAACCACAUGAAGGAGCAGAGCCUUUUCCAUUAAUCGAAGAGGAGGAAGAGGAGACCAGGUCCUCCGGGCACCCCAGCGACCCAAAACUGAAGUCUUAGUUGUCACUGCCUGGUCUCUUUCCUCCUGGGCAGUCACUUUCCUAACAGACUGAUAUGUUUUGUAAAAUCAGAUGAUAAAUGCUUUUGUACAAAAAUAAGUUUUGUACGGAUUGUGCAGGUUAUAAAUGCUUUUGUAGAAAAAUGUGA